GCCGCCCCGGCGUCUCCGCGGAAGGGCAUGCGCAGGGCGGGGCCCGUUCAUUUGAAUCCUGGAGGGGAUGUUUGAACUCCGGAGGUUCGUGGACAGAGGGAUGAAUUAGUAAUGUCACCUCAAAAGAGAGUUAAGAACUCUCAGACACCAAAGAGAACUUCACGACGUAGUAAUAGUUAUCAGACUAAUCUCUUGGCCUGGAGACAGAAAGAGGACCUAAGCAACUCAAAAGGCAUCUCGAAAAAUGGACAAAACAGUCCAGUGGAAGAUUUUGAACAUGCUGAUGUUGAUGAGCAAGCAGAGGAUACUCUGCAGAUAGCAGUGAGAUACUUUGAGAAAGGUCCCUUUAAAACUUCACGGAGUAAAGAUAAAACCUUAGAAAAACACUUGAAAACUGUGGAAAAUGUGGCUUGGAAGAAUGGGUUAGCUCCAGAAGAAAUUGACAUUCUUUUAAAUGUGACACUCAGUGGCAAAUUUGGAAGUGCUGUAAACUCUCGGAUACUGAGAUGCAUGAUUCCAGCUACUCUAAUAUCAGAAGAUUCUGUGGUUAAGGCGGUCUCCUGGCUUUGUGUUGGCAAGUGUUGUGGUAGCACCAAGGUACUUUUUUAUCGUUGGCUGGUUGCAAUGUUUGACUUCAUCGAUCACAAGGAGAAAAUUAACUUGCUCUAUGGCUUCUUCUUUGCUUCAUUGCAAGAUGAUGCACUGUGCCCUUAUGUCUGCCAUUUCUUAUAUUUACUUACCAAAAAAGAGAAUGUCAAACCAUUUCGCGUGAGAAAACUGCUUGAUCUUCAGGCGAAAAUGGGAAAGCAGCCUUAUCUCCAUGCUUUGUUGUCGCUGUAUAAGUUCUUUGCUCCCACUUUGAUUUCUAUAUCUUUGCCUGUAAAGAAGAAGAUCUAUUUUAAGAAUUCAGAGAAUCUGUGGAAGACCGCUCUAGUUGCUGUGAGGCAGAGGAAUCAGGGGCCUUCUCCAGAACCUCUGAAGCUGAUGUUAGGUCCAGAUAAUGUCCGUCCUGGAAAAAGAAAAUGGAAUUCUCACUCGCUUAUACCAGUGCUAAAUUCCAGUAGCCACAGUAAAGAAUAUGAAACAAAAGGGAUGAGUCUUUCUGAUUAUCUCAGUAGGAAUAGAGCAUUUCCGGUAGAUCAGCUUAAGACCUUCCCUCAACUCUUACAGAACAUUCAUUGCUUAGAGCUGCCUUCUCAGAUGGGUGCGGUGCUGAACAGCUCUCUGCUACUUCACUAUAUUAAUUGUGUCAGAGAUGAAUCACUCUUAUUGAGGCUCUAUCAUUGGUUGAGUCAAACAUUACAAGAAGAAUGUAUUUGGUACAAGGUGAAUAAUUAUGAAUGUGAAAAGGAAUUUACCAACUUCCUGGACACUGUCAUCAAGGCAGAGUGCUUCUUACAAGAGGGGUUUUAUUCCUGUGAAGCAUUCCUGUAUAAGAGUCUUCCUCUGUGGGAUGGCUUCUGCUGUCAAUCACAGUUCCUUCAACUAGUGAGCUGGUUUCCUUUUAGUAGCUUCUCUGAGGUGAAACCAUUUAUUUUUGACCGUCUGGCACAGCUCUUCUUUACAUCAACCAUUUAUUUCAAGUGUAGUGUUCUUGAGAACCUGAAAGAGCUACUGCAGAAUUGGCUGUUGGGGCUUUCUAUGGACAUCCACAUGAAAACUGUGACAGACAGUUCUCUAGAGACAACUUUCAGUGGAUCCAUGCAGUCUGUGUUCGAACUAAUUCACUAUGUAGGGUGGCUGUCCACUAAUGCAUUGCGCUUGGAAAGCAACAGUACUUUCUUGCUGCACUUUGUUUUGGAUUUCUACGAGAAGGUGUGUGACAUAUAUAUGAAUUAUAACCUUCCAUUAGUGGUGUUGUUUCCUCCUGGGAUCUUCUAUCUCUCACUCCUCAGUCUGGAUUCCAGUAUCCUGAAUCAGCUCUGUUACAUUAUGCACAGAUACCGUAAUAAUUUGACAGCUGCAAAGAAAAAUGAGUUGGUACUAAAGACAAAAUCAGAGUUUAUAUUCAGCAGCAAGACCUAUCAAGAAUAUAAUCACUAUUUGACAGCCAUGGUUGGCUGCCUGUGGACAUCUAAACCCUUCCAGAAAGGAUCGUAUUUUGACCCUGAAGUCUUUAAAAAAAUUGGAAUAGCAAAGUAUAAAACCAGUUUAAAUUUAAUCCAUCACCCUGCUCUAUUGAGUUAUGCUGUUUCCUUUUUGCUUAAGGAAUGCCCAGAAGAAAGGACAGUAAACAUGAGCUCCAUUCGGGGAAAGAAAUGGAACAAGUAUAUGGACUAUUUAUUUUCAGAGGGCUUACAAGGCCUGCAACUUUUCAUACAAAGUAGUAUUCAUCAUUCUUCUGUCCCCUGAUCAGACAGCAUAAACCCCAUGAUCAACAUGAAAUGAAUGCUGACAGAAACAAACCAAAAAUACUGGACUAAAUUUCUUCAUUGUUGCCAGCAAGGCCAAGUGGCUAACCUUGAGUUUCCAUAUACUUUUUACCAACAGACUGCCAUCCUCAGGGAGUGCUUAGACUGGCCUUUGAUCAUGGCUCAGGAGAGCUUUGAUGUGGCUAACUUUGUUUCUCAGAAUCUAGAUUCUUUAAUACACUAGUGAAAAUGAUUUCAUGAUCAGACUCUGCCUUUCACCAAACUAUAUAUGGAAAGAUAUAUCCAUUAUGUGGUGGAAUUUUUCACAUUCUUGUGGAGUAUAAGCUGCCUUGAUGGAAGACAGCAGGAAAUAUACAGUGGGCAGUUAAGCCACAGACAUAAUUAUGCAAAAUACUCUGCUGCCUCUAUGAAACCUCUAUGGAUACUGCCAUUUUUCUGACUGAGCAACAGCACCAACACCAAGUUAAUAAGCAGUUGGUUGAUUCCUUCAUCUUCACUGGUAGCAAUUUAAUAAGAGAAGGAAGGAGAGAGAAUUAUGAGAUAAUCAAGACAUUCCUAUUUAUAACUGGUUUGAUUUCAUGAAACUGCUCUAUUGUGUGUGUAUAUAUGCAUAUAGCCCAUUUUUAAGCAUUUAGGCACUAAUUGCAACUUUAUUUUCAGGAAUAAUUUUGAAGCCUUUUAAAAA